AUGGGCGACAGUGACUGGGAAACAAAAAAUGUUCUUCGUGAGAUUGAAAGUUAUGGUCCAUCAUCUUCUAAUUACAACGGUGCUUCUGAAAGAAAAACGCGUAAAAUAAGCAAGGAUUUUGAACGGAAGCUGAACAAUGUAAAUUUGGAAAGAAGAGAGUAUCAGAGACAUGCAGCGCCUGUGCAGGAUUUAUCAGCUUCAACGAAACACGAGAUCAGUAAAGACGAUAUUAUCAAGUGGAAACAACAGGUAAUGACAGCAAGCAGGCCAUUGAACCAGUAUGCAGAAGGUCGAAAUCCGAAUUCUGAGAAUUUUUCAGCUUCUCGGUUUACAGAAAGACGACCAUAUUCGACAGAUUCUCAGCCUUCGCGACCACAGUAUGAAAUAAUGGGACCAAAAACAAUAUCUGGUGAGGACACUGUAUUCAGCGCCAAUAGUGCCCGACAAUCAUCAGUAGAAUCUGCACCAAUGAAGAAUGGAGCUGAAAAAAAAAUGGCAGUCAAAGAAAACGGGAUAAUAAAGAACGAUGGCAAAAGUGGAAUUUAUCACGCUCGAUACUGCGUGGUAAAGGAAGUUAAUGAGCAGCCAAAACCACCAACUCCACUAUCUAAUACCACAACUAAAGGACACGCUAGGGAUAUUCCGGACCCAAAGGACUAUAAAACGACUAUGAUUAACAACUGGAUCAAAAGGAAUGGAGCAGAGAACAUUCCGGAUGGAGACAAUGUAAGAUACAAAGUUAUUCCCAACGAAAUGGAGGAACAAAAGCGGAAGUACGAAGAACUUACUGGGCAGAUUGAACGGGAGCUUAUAAGUUCGCGACCAAAAUCACCAAUUGGUAUAUGUGGAAUUUGUGGUGGAGAACUAUAUGGAGGAUCGGACGUCGUUUGUGCCCUUGAAAAAUAUUUCCAUAACAGUUGUUUGGUUUGUGAUAUCUGUGACAGAAAGUUGAAGGGAAAAAAAUUUUACAAGGUAGGAAAAAAAUUCUUUUGUGAGGAAGAUUAUCUUUAUUCGGGAAUGCACGCGACUGCCGAAAGGUGUGCCACAUGCGCAGAACCUAUCAUCACUGAAAAGGAAACUUUGAAUAAAUCAAAUUUUAUUCAGACUUUACAUGCUUUCGGAAAGGCAUAUCACCCGCAAUGCUUUCGUUGUACAAAAUGCAAAAGAUGUUUGGAUAAUAUACCGUUUGCUGUCGACGAUCAGGGAAGAUUUUUUUGCACAAGAGACUAUCGUGAAAUAACUGCUCCGACCUGUGUUGCCUGUAAUCAACCAAUAUAUACUGACGACGGUUGCCAUUGUCAUUUGGACGAAAGUGGGAGCAAAAAGUGUUAUCCGUUAAAUGAUCAUCUGUUAUGUAAAAAUUGUUAUAUUCACUGGCAACGAACAGGCGGAACAAAACAUGUUAUAACCGAUUUAUAA